AUGACCUUGCUUAGUAAUAGGGAACAAGUAUUGGUCACUGGUGGAUGGAGUAGUGGAAAUUAUGGAGUUCAGCUAAAUACAGCCGAAAUAUAUAGUAUCAGUACAGGAGUAUGGACAUACACUUCAUUUCCCAUGCCUGAAAAAUGUGAAUUACACACAGCGACACUGUUGGGUAAUGGACGUAUACUCAUUGCUGGUGGUAAUGUGUCAAAUGCAUAUUAUUAUGAUGCAAAUGUCUCUUCAUUAUGGAUACCCACAAAAUCCAUGACACAAAGCAAUCGUCGAGGUCUAACAGCAACAUUACUCUAUGACGGUCGUGUACUAAUUAGUUGA